AUGGAUGAAAAUCAUGGAAUGAUGAUUAUUAGCGGAAAGCAAUUAUCCGUUAAAACUUCAAAAGUACAAAUUCAAAAUAGAAUUAAAAAAAUAUCUUCUAAAUCAGCAAUUGAAUUAAGUGCUGCAAAAAAUAAUUUUCUUGAAAAUUUUGGCCAAAAAAUCCUAAAUACAAUUCGAGAACAACCAGAUAUUAAAAGCGCAGAUAUUGUAAACGGUAAAUUACAAUUAUCCGGAAAUAAUGCUGUAAUUGCAAACAUAAAAUCUUAUCUUAAAAAAACCCUUUAUGAAAAAAAUGUAUCAAUUACUUAUAACAUGAAACAACACCUGAAAGUAAAUUUUAACGGACGUAUGUGGAAAGAAUUUUCGAAAAAACAUCGUGUUGGAUAUUCUUUCCAAGAGUUACGUCCGCAUAAUAAAAAUGAACGUAGCAAUACUCCAAAUAGGGGCUUACUUGAUGCGCAACGUGUUUUUCAGACCAAUCGUCGUGGACAUGGAUGUGACUGGGGACCAAGUGGUGGCAAUCAUAAUGAGAUAUUUGGUCAUAAUCAAGGACAUGGAGGCUAUGCAAGAGGUAACUUUAACCAUGGUGGACGUGGAAGAGAAGGAUUCCAUACAGAUCACUCAAUGUCAAACAGUAUACCAAAUUUAAUGAAGUUAAACUUGAAUGAUCAAUAUGCAAAUACAAACGAAAACAAUAGUGAUGAUCCUGAAGAAGGCAACAGAAAAGAGCGAUACAAUGCUAAAACUACAGACGAUGAAGAUGCAACAAAUCAAGAUGGUGAUGACGAUGAUUAUGAUGAUAACAGAAGUCAAGCUUCAGAUUCUGAUGUAUCAUUGUCAUCAAAGUUUGCAAUCGAUAGUCUCAAUACGAAGAAUAUUAAUGAUCGUACCAAAAAUACUAUUGAAAUAGCAUUGUGUAGUGAUUCUGAUGUUUCUUUAUCUAACGCCAUAGCAGAAUUACAAAGCUAUUCUUUACACGUUGAAUCAUGGGCAUUAACAGAAGAGGAAGUAACAUUUAUUUUAGAACAGCAACAACGCGGAAAAACUGUGAAAAAGAAUACAUCAAUUAGAGAACGAUCCAUACAAAUUAAAUUGUACCUUCAGCACUCAGUACCAAAUGCUUUCGUACAUAUCUACGUAUAUUACAUAAGAGGUAUGUCGCAUGUGAAAGUCAGCGGAUUUAAAUCAGACGUACAUUCUGCAGUGUCUAAAAUCAAAAACUAUUUAAAUGAUGUAGUUAAUACUGAAAUACAAAUUCCUAUAUCAGGGGCUAUGGCAUUUUUUCUUAAAAAAAAAGUGUCUUCUGAUAUUAAUAGACUCGGCAGUACUCACCAUAUCAAGAUCAUCACCUUUUCUGCACCUCGUCGUGCUGAGAACACAAAUGAUAAUGAUAAUCAUUGUUUAAAACUGGUUGGUCCUGCGGCACGCAUUAAUUGGGCACAAAUGGCCGUAGAAAAUUUUCUUGGAAAUUUAUCAGAACAGGAACAAGAUUUUUCAUGUGAAACGUGGGAUAUUUCAAACAAUAUUUCCUUAAAUAUUAAAACACUUCUGAAAACAAUACGAGAAUCAAAUGAUUAUGAAGCAGUCGGAUUCGUAAAGUUCUAUAAUUUAGCCACCGAAAGAAGACAAACAACACCAAAAGUUACUAUUACAGUGGUUGGUCUAACUAAAGAUAUAGCAGAUGACGUAAUUCAACAAUGUAAAGAUUUCGUUGAAGGAUAUGUUGUAUGGAAACCAUCUUUGAAUGAAUAUCGAGCUUUAUAUAAUAUAUUGUUAGUGCAAAGACAACCGAAUAUUACUCAUUUUCAAGAAGAAUGGGAUACUAAGGUACAGCUUGAAAAUAAAACAAAUACUAUUAUUAUUCCUGCAAGAUCACAAAUAAUUGCAGAUGAAAUAAAAGAAGCUCUGCAAAAUUUAGCUGUAGGACAAAUAAAUCGAAUGGAUAAGAUUUCGGUAACUAUUCCAAUUCCAUUCCAUAUUCGUCGUUUUGUUUAUUCAGCUGUUCAACCUGUGCUUGACGAAGUAAAAACUCAAAGAGUUUAUAUUAACUUAAAAGAUUGGAAUGGACUAAAGCUUCAUGGCCGUUCUGAAAUCAUAACUUCGGUUCAAGUAAAGAUCAAUAGUAUCAUUGAUGAUAUUAAACAAAGAAUUAUUACAAAUCGUUUAACAUUACCGCUUAUCGAAUCAGAAUUAAUUCGAGUUAAUUCAUAUAAAGUUGUUAGACGUAUUGAAGAUGAAACCAAUACUGUAAUUAGAGAUGUUAAAGCAGAUACGAAAGUUUCAAAACUAAAUGGAAAUGAUGAUACCAACUUGACUAUAACAUGUGUUGUCAAUAGUCGUGGCCAAACAAUUCUUAUCAAGAAAGGUGAUAUUACAAAGGUGAAAGAUGUUGAUGCUAUUGUAAAUGCAGCGAAUGGAUCGUUAUACCAUGCAGGAGGUGUUGAUAAAGCAAUUUCUGAUGCUGCUGGUCCUGCGCUUGAUCAAGAAUAUAAACAAUUAAUUGCUAAAAAUGGAGGUGUAGCAAUAUCUACUGGUAAAGCGGUUAAAACUACUGCUGGAAAUCUUCCGUAUAAAAGUGUUAUUCAUGCAAUUGGUCCUCAAUAUGCUAAUGGUAAUCAACAAGAACGGCCAUUAUUAUUUUCCAGUAUCUUAUCCAGUUUGCGACUUGCUGAACAAGAAGGUUAUAAUAGUAUAGCAUUACCAGCCAUUAGUGGUGCGACUUACCGUUUUCCAUUACAAGAUUGUACAAAUAUUGUCAUUCGUGCAGUAAAACAAUUCUUUGCUGAUUUUCCAGAAUCACAUUUAAGAAAAGUAAUCUUAUUAGAUAUUGAUGAUACAGCCUGUAAUUCUUUUGCACGCGAAGUUGUAAAUGAUCAUACAAACACAGGUACAGAUAAUGAUAAUGAUAUUAUGAACUGUGAUUUACCGCCAUUAACAGCUAAAUGGUGUUGGCAAAGCGAUUUCGGUGAAAAGAUAUAUGAUGACACUCAUACCCAUCAAAUUGAAGACGCGUUUCAAGAAUAUUUGCGAACUUUCAUUCAAUCUAAUUUGAAAAUUGAUUGUGAUAAUUUAGAAACUGGUACCAUUGUUUGCUAUAGCAUUCAUUUUCGUCCUGAUUUGAAACAAAUAUUAACAAUCAAUCCAAAUCAAGGGGAGGAAAGCUCACUCGGAUAUUCCAAGCCAUUUCCAGUCAUUCCCAACAAUCCCCAACCAUCCGCAGCUAUUCGAAUGGGUUCGAAUGAGUUUUUCUCUCUUGAUCGAAAUGCACUAAAUAAUCGCCUUGUAUGUGGAUAUCAAAUGAGAGAAAGCACUGGUUUUAAACGGGAUAUUAUUCGCUACCCAUUACCAUUACAACCACGCAUUACAUCUGUUGCAUAUCAACCUAAACCAUUGGAUACAUAUCAAUUAAAGAUGGUGUCUAAAGAAGACGAUUGGGAUAUUAUAGGUAUUAACAACACAGCACUAAAACAAGCAGAAAUAGCAAUUAGAAAAGUCAUCGAGUCCGCUAUGAUUUCAGAACCAUUCUCCAUAAAUCUAAACGAAGAUAUUGAUGCUCAUAAGAAAGCAAUUACUAAUAUUGCAAUUCAACAGUUUAUUCAUGUUGAUUUUCAACAAGAUUCUGCCGAAAAUUUAGUGUUAAAAUUAAAAGGUUUUGAACAAAAUAUUUUAAAAGCAAAAUUACAAAUUUCUUUAUACGUACAAGAUGUUUUAAGAAUAGAGGCUGAUAAAGAUGAUGAAUUAAAUAUACCUAAAGAAUGGGGUGAACAAGAAGAACAAUGUAAAUUAGUGGAAUUAUCUAAAAAUGAUCCUGAUUUUAUUCGUAUCGAAAAGCGUAUGAAAGAAACUAUGAGCAAUAUGAAAGCUGAUAAAAUCGAAAGAGUACAAAAUUUAAAAAUAUGGAAUCAUUACGCAUUUCGUCGUCGAACUCUUCAACGAGAAUUAAGUAAUAAGCCUGAUUUACAAAUUGAAAUGGAAUUGUUUCACGGUACUCGAAUGACACCGCCUAGUGAAAUUUACAAUGGUGAAUUUGGUUUCGAUAUGACAUUUUGUACAAGUGGUUUGUGGGGUAUCGGUACAUAUUUUGCUGCGAAUGCUUCAUAUUCUUGUCAAAACUAUUCUUAUCAGUUACCAAAUGAUAAACGACAAGUAUUUCUUGCUCACGUAUUAACAGGAGAAGUUUUUGAUUACAAAGACAAAAAUGAUCCCACGUUGCGUCGGACACCGAAGAAAAAUGACAGCGUAUCAGGUGCACGUUACAACAGUAUAUCUGGUGAAACAAGAGCCAGUAAAGUUUAUAUCGUAUACGAAAAUCGUGUAGCUUAUCCUACAUAUUUGAUUACUUUUAGUUACUGA